GCGUACGCGUCCCCGUGCCCAGUUGAUGUGGUGCAGGCCGAGCAGCCGGUGAAUGGUUUUUCCCAGCAGCCCCCUCGACAGCCUCUUCCUCCGCUCUCCGGGCUGAAUAUGGCGUUCACGUUCGCGGCCUUUUGUUAUAUGCUGGCUUUGCUGCUGACCGCGGCGCUCAUCUUUUUCGCCAUUUGGCACAUUAUUGCGUUCGAUGAACUGAAGACCGACUACAAGAAUCCUAUAGAUCAGUGUAACACGCUCAACCCUCUUGUGCUGCCAGAGUAUCUGAUCCAUGCGUUCUUCUGCGUUAUGUUUCUGUGCGCUGCGGAGUGGCUUACGCUGAGCUUGAAUAUGCCUCUAUUGGCGUAUCAUAUUUGGAGGUAUAUGAGUAGACCGGUGAUGAGCGGACCUGGUCUAUACGAUCCCACAACCAUCAUGAAUGCUGAUAUUCUAGCAUAUUGUCAAAAGGAAGGAUGGUGCAAACUAGCGUUUUACCUUCUCUCUUUUUUUUACUACCUGUAUGGCAUGAUCUACGUGUUGGUGAGCUCCUAAAGAAGAACUCUUGGAAGAAACUGGUUCCAGUUAUUUGCAUGCAAACUUUAAAUACUAUAGGCAUUUGGUCUGCGAGAACCUGGUAUACAUGGCCGGUGAGGUCCUUGGAUCACUUUUGCUUCCCAUUUUUAAAUAACACCUUUUGUGCUGGCGGGAAGAUUUUUCAUAUUUUGUGAAGACUGGGAAAUCGUGCAUACAAUAUUUAAGUAUUGCAAUGCUUCAAUCAUCUACAUCACUAUAAUCCAUAACAAGCUUUCUCUAUGCAUUUUCCUUUUAUAUUUAUAUGUUGGAAUUUAUUGCAGCAAUAUUAUUAUUAAAACCACCCCAAAUAGCUGCAGUCUGCAAAUAGGCAUCACCUUCAAAUUAUUAGUUGCAGUUAAAGAAACCUUACAAUAUGAUUUGGAAAAACAUUAGUAAACCUUCUGUGAUUAUCAAAAACUCAGUGGAAUCCGUUGGCUAAGGAAAAAAAAUGUUUUAUUGAGAAAUAAAUGUUUUUGUUAUUCC